AAAACAAAGAAAACAAAAUGAUUUUUGGUCUAAUACCAUAAAAUCUCAUCAAACCCAUAUGAUAUUUAUGCAUACAUGUAUCUCACAUUGUUUUAUUAUUUCAGAUUUUCUUAAAUUAAUUUGGGUAAAAAAAGAUAAAAUUUUGUAUUAUGGUUGCACUUAGUGCAAAUGCACCCCUUACACUGGAACAAUAACGGAUCAGAUCUUUCAAAAAGAGUUAGAUGCUUUGACAUACAGAGUUUUGGCCUAUCUUCUUCUGGGCCGGCAUCUAUCGAGUGUUUUUCCAUUGCUUUGCUUGAGAGAUUUGAACUACAUGCUUUUGAUCUUGGGAUUCUGGAAGAUUUUCAUGGGGGAAAUAUUAAGCCGCAAGAAGAUAUUACACUUAAAGAUGGAAGUCAGGAACCAGAGAAGAUGGACAUGUAUUCAAUGGAAAGGUUUGACAUGGAAGAGGACCUUCUGUUUACGUUUUAUGAGACUUUCUCUGCCAAUCAUAAUGAAAAUAAACAUGAGAGUUUUGCUCAUGAUAUGGACAUGGAUGCAGAAAAUGUUAGAGAUACUACAGAAGAAGCAUCGGUUAGAGUCGUUAAAGCGGAACCACUAGAUUGUAAUGAAUCAUCCAAAGAUCACCAAAAUGCAUCUAGGCAUAGAGAAGAUCCAGAAUCAGAUGACAUUCUUGUGGAACCGCAAAUGUCCGAAGAUAUCAGAAGAGCUCAAGAAGAAGACACAAAUCGGAGAAAACAAGUUGCGAAGAGAUGCAACAUAUAUUGCUGGUCCCUCCCAUCUGAAUGCGUAAGACCUAAAGCGAUUCACGGGAUUGAGGAUCAACCUUAUGGUGCCACAAGAACUAAUGGGGAGAAGGAGAUCCCGGAGAUCCCAGAGAUGAGUACUCUAGAAGAACCAGAACCAGUAUCAGUGACUGGUUUCAGAGACUUGCCAAAAGGCGUAGAGAAAUGUCGAGACCAUAAUGAAGCGGAAAUGACAAACUUUGAGUUGUUUCAUGGGUCUCAUAAGAACAAUCUGAUACUUUUGAAGUGAAUCUCCAUGGUUCCGAGAAAGGUUUUCUCUCUGACAAGACUGUUUCAAAAGACCUCAGUAGAGGGUUUAAUGCAACAGUUACUCCAAUUGCUGUCACUCCCAAAACACCUUCGCGGUCGAAAAUCUCUGGAGGUGCACACUUUAUAGAAAUAUGAGUCAUCUUGAUCAAUAUUUUUGUUUCUAACGAUCUCAUUAAUGUAUGUAAAAGACUUUGAAUAAUGAUAAUAUUUCAUC